UUCGGUUGAGAGGGUGCUGGAUGGUGGGGGAGUACCACUGAUGAGAGAGCGGGCGAAAGAAGGGACUAUUUUAGCACGCUUUGGAGGACUAUUACGUUUAUCUUCUGGAUACUGCUAAACACCUGGGCAGGGUUUCUUCAUCUACUGUGUCUGGUGGCGCACCGUGUUCUGCUCUUGGUUUGCAGCGGAAAUGUCACAGAGGAGUGGUCAGGAGGACCCGGAGCGGUACCUCUUUGUGGACCGCGCCGUGGUCUACAACCCGGCCGCGCAGGCUGACUGGACGGCCAAGAGGCUAGUAUGGAUCCCAUCAGAACGCAACGGCUUCGAGGCUGCCAGCGUUCGUGAGGAGCGUGGAGAUGAAGUGGUGGUAGAGUUGGCAGAGAAUGGGAAGAAGGCGGUGGUCAACAAGGAUGACAUCCAGAAGAUGAACCCGCCAAAGUUCAGCAAAGUAGAGGACAUGGCCGAACUCACCUGCCUGAACGAAGCCUCCGUGCUUCACAACCUCAAAGACCGCUACUACUCCGGCCUCAUCUAUACAUACUCUGGUCUCUUCUGUGUGGUCAUAAAUCCCUACAAAUACCUGCCCAUCUACUCGGACAACAUCAUUGAGAUGUACAGGGGCAAAAAGAGGCACGAAAUGCCCCCUCACAUCUUCGCCAUCUCAGAGUCUGCUUACAGAUGCAUGCUACAAGAUCGAGAGGACCAAUCCAUUCUUUGCACAGGUGAGUCAGGAGCUGGCAAGACGGAAAACACAAAAAAGGUCAUCCAGUACCUGGCACAUGUUGCCUCCUCCCACAAAGGAAAAAAAGACCACAACGUGCCUCCAGAAUCACCCAAACCAGUGAAACAACAGGAACAAAAUGCAGUUAGUGGAUCCCUGUUUUAUGGUGAAUUGGAACGUCAGCUUUUACAAGCCAACCCCAUCCUUGAAGCUUUUGGGAACGCUAAGACGGUGAAAAAUGACAACUCGUCACGUUUUGGGAAAUUCAUCCGGAUCAACUUUGAUGUCACCGGAUACAUUGUUGGAGCCAACAUUGAAACCUACUUACUGGAGAAAUCCAGAGCUAUUCGUCAAGCCAAAGAUGAGCGCACCUUCCACGUUUUCUACCAGCUGCUAUCUGGAGCUGGAGAGCACCUCAAAUCGGACCUGCUUUUGGAAGGAUUCAACAACUACCGUUUCUUGUCUAACGGUAACAUCCCAAUCCCGGGCCAGCAGGACAAAGACAACUUCCAGGAAACCAUGGAGGCCAUGCACAUCAUGAGCUUCUGCCAUGAGGAGAUUCUGGCCAUGUUGAAGGUGGUGUCCUCGGUGCUUCAGUUUGGUAACAUUUCCUUUAAGAAGGAGAGGAACUCUGACCAAGCCUCCAUGCCUGAUAACACCGCCGCCCAGAAGCUGUGUCAUCUGCUGGGUAUGAAUGUAAUGGAGUUUACCAGAGCCAUCCUGUCCCCGAGGAUCAAAGUGGGAAGAGACUACGUCCAGAAAGCGCAGACUAAAGAGCAGGCUGACUUUGCUGUUGAGGCCUUGGCUAAAGCGACAUAUGAGCGUCUGUUCCGCUGGCUGGUCCAUCGCAUUAACAAAGCUCUGGACAGAACCAAACGUCAGGGUGCCUCCUUCAUCGGCAUCCUGGACAUUGCGGGUUUUGAGAUUUUUCAGCUGAACUCAUUUGAGCAGAUGUGUAUCAACUACACCAACGAGAAGCUGCAGCAGCUCUUCAACCACACCAUGUUCAUCCUGGAGCAGGAGGAGUACCAGCGGGAGGGCAUCGAGUGGAGCUUCAUCGACUUCGGCCUCGACCUGCAGCCCUGCAUCGACCUCAUUGAGAGGCCGGCAAACCCUCCAGGAGUGUUGGCUCUGCUGGAUGAAGAGUGCUGGUUCCCCAAGGCCACGGACAAAACCUUUAUAGAAAAGCUGACCCAGGAGCAGGGCACACACACCAAGUUCCAGAAGCCCCGCCAGCUCAAAGAUAAGGCCGACUUCUGCAUCAUCCACUACGCUGGCAAAGUGGACUAUAAGGCAGAUGAGUGGCUGAUGAAGAACAUGGACCCCCUGAAUGACAAUGUGGCCACACUUCUGCAUCAGUCAACUGACAAAUUUGUGGGUGAACUUUGGAAAGAUGAGAUUCAGACCAUUCAAAGGGAUUCAUUCUAUGACAAUGUCACUAGUCUGGAUGACCCGGCAGUCGACCGUAUCGUGGGCCUGGACCAGGUGGCAGGGAUGAACGAGACGGCUUUUGGCGCCACCUACAAAACGAAAAAGGGAAUGUUUCGUACGGUGGGACAGCUCUACAAGGAGUCGCUCACCAAGCUCAUGGCCACACUGAGGAACACCAACCCCAACUUCGUCCGCUGCAUCAUCCCCAACCAUGAAAAAAGAGCUGGUAAACUGGAGCCUCACCUGGUUCUGGACCAGCUGAGGUGUAAUGGAGUCCUAGAGGGGAUUCGUAUCUGCAGACAGGGCUUCCCCAACCGCAUCGUCUUCCAGGAGUUCAGACAGAGAUAUGAGAUCCUGACACCUAACGCUAUCCCCAAGGGAUUCAUGGAUGGGAAACAAGCCUGUGAGAGAAUGAUCCGAGCCUUGGAGCUGGACCCCAACCUGUUCCGUAUUGGUCAGAGUAAGAUCUUCUUCAGGACCGGUGUCCUGGCUCACCUGGAGGAGGAGAGAGAUCUGAAGAUCACCGACAUCAUCAUCUACUUCCAGUCUGUUUGCCGUGGAUACUUGGCACGCAAGGCCUUUGCUAAGAAGCAGCAGCAGCUGAGUGCCCUGAAGGUCCUCCAGAGGAACUGUGCUGCGUAUUUGAAGCUGCGACACUGGCAGUGGUGGAGGCUCUUCACCAAGGUCAAGCCUUUGCUGCAGGUCACCAGGCAGGAGGAGGAGAUGCAAGCCAAAGAUGAGGAGCUGGUAAAGGUGAAGGAGAACCACCUCAAGGUGGAGAAUGAGCUCGUGGAGAUGGAGAGGAAACACCAACAGCUCGUAGAGGAGAAGAAUAUUCUAGCAGAACAGCUCCACGCGGAGACAGAACUCUUUGCUGAGGCCGAAGAGAUGAGAGUUCGUCUGCUUUCUAGGAAGCAAGAGUUGGAGGAGAUCCUUCAUGACCUAGAGUCGAGGGUGGAGGAGGAGGAAGAGAGGAACCAGAGCAUGCAGAAUGAGAAGAAGAAGAUGCAGUCACACAUCCAGGACCUGGAGGAGCAGCUCGAUGAAGAGGAAGCUGCAAGACAGAAGCUGCAGCUGGAUAAAGUGACAGCCGAGGCGAAGAUCAAGAAAAUGGAGGAGGACAUUCUCCUGCUGGAGGACCACAACUCCAAGUUCCUCAAGGAGAAAAAGCUGCUGGAGGACCGGAUCGGAGAGAUGACCUCCCACCUGACAGAGGAGGAGGAGAAAGCAAAGAACCUCGGCAAGGUCAAGAACAAGCAGGAGAUGAUGAUGGUGGACCUGGAGGAGCGUUUAAAGAAGGAGGAGAAAACGCGGCAGGAGCUGGAGAAGGCCAAACGCAAACUGGACGCUGAGACGACUGACCUGCAGGAUCAGAUCGCUGAGCUCCAGGCCCAGAUAGAGGAGCUGAAGAUCCAACUGAGCAAGAAGGAGGAGGAGCUGCAGGCUGCUCUGGCCAGGAGUGAUGAGGAGACCGUCCAGAAGAACAACGCCUUGAAGCAGGUUCGGGAGCUGCAGGCCCACCUAGCUGAGCUUCAGGAGGACCUGGAGUCGGAGAAGAUGUGUCGAAGUAAAGCUGAAAAACUAAAGAGGGACCUGAGUGAGGAGCUGGAGGCCCUGAAGACGGAGCUGGAGGACACGCUGGAUACCACCGCUGCACAGCAGGAGCUCAGGUCCAAGCGAGAGCAAGAAGUGGCAGAGCUGAAGAAAGCCAUAGAUGAAGAGACCAAAAACCACGAUUCUCAGAUCCAGGAAGUGAGACAGAGGCACGGCACAGCGCUGGAAGAACUGUCCGAACAGGUGGAACAGGCCAAGAGGUUCAAGGCCAACCUGGAGAAGAACAAGCAGAGUCUGGAGAGUGAGAACAAAGAGCUGGCCUGUGAUGUGAAAGGUCUGCAGCAGGCAAAGACAGAGUCCGAACAUAAGAGGAAGAAACUGGAGUCCCAGCUGCAGGAGUUUAUGUCCAGGGCUACCGAGGUAGAGAGGACCAAGGGAGAGCUGGCCGAACGCUCACACAAACUCCAGACGGAGCUGGAGAAUGCGUCCACUUUGCUGGAGGAGUCAGAGAAGAAGAGCAUCAAACUGGCCAAGGAGGUCGACAAACUGAUCAGUAAACUGCAAGACUCAGAGGAGUUGCGGCAGGAGGAGACGCGUCAGAAGCUGAACCUGAGCGGCCAAAUCCGCCAGCUGGAGGUGGAAAAGAACACGUUGCUGGAGCAGCAGGAGGAGGAUGAGGAGGCACGACGCAACCUGGAGAAACAGCUGCAGACGGUGCACGCUCAGCUGUUUGAGACAAAGAAGAAGCUUGAUGAAGACGUGGGGUCGAUGGAGGGCCUGGAGGAGGUGAAGAGAAAACUCCAGAAGGACAUGGAGCUGACCAGCCAGCGUCUGGAGGAGAAGACCAUGGCCAUGGACAAGAUGGAGAAGACCAAGAACCGCCUGCAGCAGGAGCUGGACGACCUGAUGGUGGACCUGGACCACCAGAGACAGAUCGUCUCCAACCUUGAGAAAAAACAAAAAAAGUUCGACCAGCUGCUUGCUGAAGAGAAGACCAUCUCGGCUCGUUACGCUGAGGAGCGUGACCGUGCGGAGGCAGAGGCCAGAGAGAAGGAUACCAAGGCUCUGUCUAUGGCACGUGCUCUGGAGGAGGCCUUGGAGGCCAAGGAGGAACUGGAGAAGUUUAAUAAGCAGCUCCGUGCUGAAAUGGAGGACCUGAUGAGCUCCAAGGAUGAUGUGGGGAAGAAUGUCCAUGAACUGGAGAAGUCCAAGCGAACGCUGGAGCAACAGGUGGAGGAGAUGAGAACUCAGCUGGAGGAGCUGGAGGAUGAGCUUCAGGCCACAGAGGACGCCAAACUGCGUCUGGAGGUCAACAUGCAGGCCAUGAAGGCCCAGUUUGACCGAGACCUGCAGGCCAGAGACGAGCAGGGAGAGGAGAAGAAGAGGUCGCUUGUCAAACAGGUGCGUGAGAUGGAGGCAGAGUUGGAGGACGAGAGGAAGCAGAGAACUCUGGCUGUUGCUGCCAAGAAGAAGCUGGAGAUGGACCUGAACGAGCUGGAGGGGCAGAUCGAAGCUGCCAACAAAGGCAGGGAAGAGGCUGUUAAACAACUCAAAAAACUACAGGUUCAGUUGAAGGACUAUCAGAGGGAGCUGGAGGAGGCCAGAGCCUCCAGGGACGAGAUCUUCACCCAGUCCAAGGAGAACGAGAAGAAACUCAAGGGCCUAGAAGCUGAAAUCCUGCAGCUACAGGAGGACCACGCAGCGUCUGAGAGGGCCCGCCGACAUGCUGAACAGGAGCGGGAUGAGCUGGCUGAUGAGAUCUCCAACAGUGCUUCUGGAAAGUCAUCGCUGCUGGAAGAGAAGAGGAGGAUGGAGGCUCGUAUCGCCCAGCUGGAGGAGGAGCUAGAGGAGGAGCAGGGCAACAUGGAGCUGCUCAACGACCGUUUUAGAAAGACCAACAUCCAGGUCGACAACCUGAACACUGAGUUGGCCGGAGAACGCAGCACUGCACAGAAGAGUGAGAACGCUCGACAACAGAUGGAGCGGCAGAACAAGGAUUUGAAAGCCAAGCUGGCAGAGCUGGAGGGGACUGUCAAGUUAAAGUUUAAGGCGUCCAUCACUGCCCUGGAGGCCAAGAUCCUGCAGCUGGAGGAGCAGCUGGAGCAGGAAGCAAAGGAGAGAGCAGCUGCCAAUAAAAUUGUCCGUCGUACGGAGAAGAAACUGAAGGAGGUGAUGAUGCAGGUGGAGGAUGAGCGUCGUCAUGCCGACCAGUACAAGGAGCAGAUGGAGAAAGCCAACUCACGCAUGAAGCAGCUGAAGCGUCAGCUGGAGGAGGCGGAGGAGGAGGCCACCCGGGCCAACGCCACCCGCCGGAAGCUGCAGAGGGAGCUGGACGACGCCACCGAGGCCAGCGAGGGUCUCACACGGGAGGUCAACUCCCUCAAGAACCGCCUCAGGCGUGGCGGUCCGGUCAGCAGCUUCUCUUCCAGCCGCUCGGGCCGCCGCAACCUCAACCUGGACGGUGCCUCCGUCGACAUUUCAGACGACGACGCCGACAGCCGUGCCGGAGACUUCAACGAGACGCAAACCGCCAACGCCGAGUAAACACACGGACCCUCUCAUUCCCCGCUUUUCCUCUCGUCACUACCCACCUCACCUCCACCUCACCACCUGUGUGUAACCUGCGCCCAGUUUUUCCCCAAAUGAUCCUCGGCAUCACCAUCGUCUUUACUCAUUUCAAACCACUGACUGCACAGAAGGUUGGAGCGAUUAGCUGUUUUUGGUAAUGCUGGGCGGAGUGCGCCUGGCAGCCCUUUUUGUAUCAGUCAACACUGCAGGGGACAUCCACCGCCCUCCCCUGACGUCAAGCCUCCAGUCCUGGAGAGUCACAGGGGCAAACGGACAACUCUGCCUUACUCUGUCCUCCUCCGGCAAGCUGCUAGUCCUGGCUCGUCUCUCGGCCACGUAUCAUCUCAGCGUCAUGACGUAACACUCUCCCCAUCAUCAGGCGUGAAGUUAUCUGCUUACUGAGAAAGUGUAGGUGCAAAGUGCUUUUUAUACAUUUGAAACUGUAGGUGGAGGCUGUGAAGUGUCCACGCAUCAAGUAUGUAACGUAUGUGAACGCACUCCGUACAGGACAUGUAGGACUUUCAAGGAAGCGUGUUUCACUCUCGUGUUAUAAGUGUUCUGCUCACUAGUUGUGUAAAAGCCAUCUCAUCCCCUGACACCCUCCUCUAAACCAAGGUCACUGUGGCCUUCGGACCGCCACGCCGCCUGCUUUUGUUGCAUGAGUUUCCCUCUGAUGUACAGACAGCGUCUACACUACACCACUACAGGAACGACCAACAUCUCGGGACUUGCAAUAGAAGAAAAACGCCGACUCUGAAUUUAAAGUGUUUUACUGUGAAGAAGAAAAAGAAAGGGGUAUUUUAUUUUCUCUGUUGCUUCAUCUCAACAUUUAACGAAGGAAUGUCUCGCUGGGUUUUAACUAGAAGUCUCUCAAGGUUAACACGUUUUGUAUUUUACUCUACUGUAGGUUGGCGUGAGCUGCGAAUGAUGCUGGAAAAUGCACAGCAAGAUAUUUAACAUUUUAACUGGAAACCAACGGGGGGAGGGCUCUUACUGGAAGCACUAAUGUGGCGCUUAGUCCAUGUUUUCAAUGUGACACUAAAUGGUUAAAUGUAGUUUGAUUAGAAAUGCAGACAGAUUGAAAAUAGUCAUCUUCUCACUACAUCUGUGUUUGUGCCGAGCCCCAGUUUGUAUUAUCACUAAAUUCGAGUCACAGAGCUGAAGCAUACAUUUUUCUGACAAGUUAUUACUAUAUGAGAAUGUGAAUUUCCUUUUAGACUCCUAGCCAUCUGGAUGGGGGGGGGGGGGGGACUACAAAAUAAAAUUUUAAACACGUUUCCCAAGUUACAACUCUAUUUCCUAAUUCAUAAUGGCAACAAAAAAGAAAAUGUCAUAUUUGUUCAUAUUCAUGCCACAUUUGAAUUGUUUUAUAUUGUCAUACAAAUUAAAAGCAUUUUAAAAUUGUCCUUGUGAAGUACAAGACAAAGCAUUGGAGACUUCUGGAUAGAAAAUUGGGAAACUUUUUAAGAAUCAAUCAAAAACAAUGUCGGCACAAGAUCCACGAGCUGCUGCCAUUUGGAUCGAGUCCAUCAUGAAUCCCACAAAGUUACAGGAGUUAUUCCGCUGAUUUAGGACUUCUCAUCCACGCUGGCUGAAAAGUUAAAAACAAAACAUUUAUUCAUCCAGACAGAAGUGUUUUUAAUAUUUUAAAAAUACCUUCAGUAAGCGUUAUAUUGUUCUGUAUUAACUCUUCAGGGAAACUCUCCGCACUGUGUCUUAAAUGUAACAUGAUACUGAACACACUGCGGCUGGUUUGUGCCGUGGCUUUGUGAGUUGACACCUGACUCUGCAGACUCCUGACACACCUGAUAAAUUAAGCACUUAGUAUUCACAGGUGACUGUUGUCUGAAAAUAAGGUUUUGUUCUCUACUUGCAAUUUUACCCCAACUUCCUUUAACAGUGUUUUUAGCAAAGUGAUGUAAGGCUCUGCUUUAAAGCACUACAGUGUGAACACUACAUGCCGGGGUGCCCAUAUCCAUCCAUCAACUGUUCUUUAGUUUCUUUAUCAUGGAUCUGCAGAUUAGGAUGGUUGUCUACAGCGGACUUCUUUGCCCUUCCCCUUAAUGUUAACACUAUGUUUCUUUAGAAGUGCCUUGGACACUAAAUAAGAACAUAAGCAGGCAAUGAUUUCAUUACAGAUGUGAAGCUAUAACAGGUACACCAAGGAGAUAUUCAACAAUUACACUUUUUUUUCUUUCGUUUGUAUUUUUGCUUUGCUUCAUAUCAUAUCCGCUGUGUACUUCCUCAUAAUAACCUCCUAGCUAGAGUGUUUGGGUCAAAAUCAGUAUUACCGUAUCAUUAACUACAUGAGCAGCGGCGGAAGUUCUCAAAAGAUCUAGACUAAGAUUUUAACAGUAACUCACAGGUGAAGGCUUAGUACUGAAGUCAUUUUGGGAAACGACGCUCUGCACAGGAUUUUAUUUGGUUGGAAGCUUUAACAUCCACAAGUAGUUAACUCGUUUUUAUUGUAUUAUUAUUAUCCAGCUGGCAGUUGACAACCAGGCAUUCAACUGCAAACACUCCCAUCAUUUUAUUUCUUGUAUACCUGUAUUUCUAGACAGUCAUUUUUUUGUUUUGUUUGUUUUUGUAAAAGGAAAAUAAAGCAUAUUCAUUGUAGCUCUGA